CCAGAAACUCCUCUACCCAAUGUAAUGGAGACAGCUUACUAUUUUGAACAGGCUGGAAUUGGUUUGAGCUCAGAAGAAUACUAUCACAUAUUCCUUGCCCUCAAACAACUGGUUGCCACUCAUCCAAUCCAAACAUGUCGCUUCUGGGGCAAACUCUUAGGUAUUGAAGCCAACUAUAUUGUAGCUGAAGUUGAAUUCCGUGAAGGAGAAGAAGAGGAAGAAGCAGAGGAAGAAGAAACUGCCGAGGAAGGACUAAAAGAGGGAAUUGAGGCCAGGGAUGAAGAUGAAGAAGAUGAAGAAGAAAAAGAUGAGCCACCAAAACCCAACUACAAGCCACCACCCGUAAUCCCAAAAGAAGAUUAUCGGACCGGUGCUAAUAAAUACACUUAUUAUGUUUGCAAUGAACCAGGCAAACCUUGGACGAAAUUACCCCAGGUGACUCCAGCUCAGAUCGUGAACGCCAGGAAAAUUAAGAAGUUCUUAGUGGGAAAGUUAGAUGCUGCCGUUGUGUGCUAUCCACCUUUCCCAGGCAAUGAAGCUAAUUAUCUGAGGGCUCAGAUUGCCCGCAUUUCAGCGGCAACACAGGUCAGUCCACUCGGGUUUUAUCAGUUUGGAGAAGAAGAAGGAGACGAAGAAGAAGAAGAAGGCGGAGCUGGAAGAGACAAUUAUGAAGAAAAUCCUGACUUUGAACCCAUUCCUGUGCCAGAGAUGUUGGAUACCCUUUCCAACUGGGUGCAUCAUGUACAGAAUAUUUUAAAACAGGGGCGCUGUACCUGGAUUAAUCCCUAUCAAAAAUCAGAGGAAGAGGAGGAAGAGGAAGAUGAAGAAGAAAAACAGGAAGAGCCAGAAGAGUUACAAGAAACGGGACCUCCUCUUCUCACACCCCUCUCUGAAGAUGCAGAUAUUCAAAACAUCACUCCAUGGUCCUCUGAUGCUUCAACACAUUUAGUUCCUCAAUAUGCCCUUGCUGUCCUUCAAGCUAACUUGUGGCCUGGAGCAUACUCCUUUGCUGUUGGAAGGAAAUUUGAUAACAUAUACAUUGGCUGGGGUCACAAAUACAGUCCAGAAAAUUUCAACCCUACAUUGCCACCUCCAGUGCAGCUUGAAUAUAUUAUUGGACCUGAAGUCACUGAAGGCCUUGAUCCAACUGUGGAAGAAGAGAUGGCACUCAAGGCUGCCCAAGGGGAGGCACUGGAAGCAGAAGAAGUGGAGGAAGAGGAAGACGAGGAUGAUUAAGCUCAAAAAUUCUGUUAUAAUAGUUUUGUUAAGGAUAAACUUUUUUACAAAUGUAUUCUA